AUGGCGUUGCUUGGCGAGGCAUUUGCCCUUGGCGCAGCACCGCCUACACUACCGGCGAGGCUCGUCUCAACACCCGGGCGGGCAACGCCGGAAGUUACGGCUGAGCGAGGCAUGCCGUCGGCACUAUCGGCAGCCGCGACGGUCCUGGCAGCAGGUGUGGUGGCGAAGAGGCGGAGGGUGGCAACGCGAACGGCAACCGUGGCAGCCAGGGCGCAACCCCAGCAGAGCGGCGGUGGUGCUGCAGAUGUGGAGGAGCUGGAGCCCUUCUUCGAGGAAGUCUCAGGUGAUGACCCUUUGGUGCUGGAUCUGGAGGAUAGGCUGCGCAAGAUGAACGGUGCCAGCAACUUGACGCUCGACAUGGUUCUGAACCCGGGCACGAUUGUCAACACCGAGCGCGAUGUGAUCCUCUUGCGGGCCGAGCUCAAGGCGACGCCAGAGGAAGACACUGAGAAACGCAAAAAACUAGAGGACAAAAUCGAAGAGAAGCAGAUGAAGAUCGUCAACGAGAUGAAACUCGUUAUGACCGACAACCUCAAGUUGGAGUUUUUGGUGCAGGCCAUUUUGUCCAUUGUUGCAUUUGGCUUCAUGUGCUACGAUGCCUUCCCAUGGAUACCUGACCUUACCUGGGCUGGCAUCAACAAAGUUGGUUGCCUGGCUGCGAGUCAGCUAGGAUGGUGA